AUGAGUUCCUAUUUCGUUAACCCUCUUUUCUCUAAGUACAAAGGUGGCGAAACGUUAGAGCCAACUUAUUACGACUGCCGGUUUCCACAAAGCGUUGCCCGAAGCCACACGCUUGUGUACGGACAUGGAGCAGCUGCACCGGGCUUUCAGCACCCGUCCCAUCACGUACAGGACUUUUUCCAUCACGGGACCACAGGUAUCUCCAAUCCUGGGUAUCAGCAGAACCCGUGCGCUUUGGCGUGUCACGGAGACGCGGCAAAAUUUUAUGGAUACGAAGCUCUUCCGAGACAAUCGCUUUAUGGUGCCCAGCAAGAGGCGAGCCUAGCGCAGUACCCAGACUGUAAAUCGUCAAAUAGCUCUAACCCCGGAGAAGGACAAGGCCACUUAAGUCAAAAUUCUUCUCCCAGCCUCAUGUUUCCAUGGAUGCGACCCCACGCCCCAGGGAGACGCAAUGGGAGGCAGACAUAUAGUCGUUACCAGACUCUGGAGCUGGAAAAGGAAUUCCUCUUCAACCCCUACCUCACGCGUAAACGGCGUAUUGAAGUGUCUCACGCGCUGAGCUUGACUGAACGGCAGGUAAAGAUUUGGUUCCAGAACCGCCGCAUGAAGUGGAAAAAGGAGAAUAACAAAGACAAGUUUCCAGGCCAGAGAGGAGAGGCCGAGGCCGAGGCCGAGGCCGAGGAAGAGGUCAACGAGAACGGCGAGGCGGAAGAAGCAGAAGAAGCAGAAGAAGCAGAAGAAGCAGAAGAAAAGGAAAUUGAAGAGAAGGAAGAAAACAAGGACUGAUUUUAUGGUAUUUUAUGGUUAUAUGGCAGCAAAAGAAACGGUUUAAAGGAAGGCUAAUAAAAAACGACGAGCCAAACAGUUGGGUCAAGAAGUAUAAAAACAUACUUUAGUCUCCAUAUAAAAGCACUCUUAAUCGACAAUAAUAAGCUCUUAAUCAGUUGUCGAUUAAUUCUAUUAAAUAAUGUAUUUGGUUGCCUAAUUACGUAAAUGUUAAGUGAGUAACCAGAGCGAGUUACCAGAAAUUAUUCAACUCAGUGGGAAUCUAAAUGGCAUGACACUUAAAGAGUCGCUCGUAUUGUAUACAGGAAGGUAUCAAUUAAUACAAAAUACCACUCAUAACAAUUAAUUAAUCCUUUCUGGAAUAGUACUUUACACAUAUUGUAAGUUAUUGUGUUUAUAAUGUAUAGAGUUAGUUCAAACUUUCUGAUUACUUUAAUAAUGGCAAAAUUGCUAAAGUUUCGACAAACUAUUAAUUUUCAGACUAUCGUUCAUACUGAGCAUUCUAAAUUACAAAUUGAAUAGUAUUUUUGUUUUUUAAGCUUUAUGUGUGGGGGGGGGAGAGAACACACUUUGUUACGGUUUAUUUUGGAUCACUAGAUAAUCGUAAAUAUCGAAAGAAGCUACCUAAUAAUGGGAAAUUUGCAAUAUAGAUUUCUACCUAACGAUUUCGUAAAACCAUGUUUUGUAGUGUGUUAAAAUUUAAGUUAUAUAAUUUACAAUUUGAUCUGCUCUUGAGUUUUUAAGUCUUUACAAGACUUAGAGAGCUCAAAGUCAAGCUAAUACUUGUGAGAAAAU